AUGAAUGCCUACCACACGUGGGGACAGGGGCUGGCCAAAGUCAGUGCUGGGCCCACAGGCGGGGGAGCGCCUUCGUCUGGGGCAAGGGGACGCUUCAGUUUAACCUGCCCUCCUGGCCUUUUAUUCCAGAUCAUCAGAAAAGCCCUUUCUGAGGAAAAGCAGGUCUCAACAAAAACAUCCGCUGCAGAUCUGGUGACAGAAACGGACCAGCUUGUGGAAGACUUAAUUAUUUCUGAGAUGCAGAAGAGGUUUCCUUCGCACAGGUUCAUUGCUGAAGAGGCCGCGGCUGCGGGGGCCAAGUGCGUGCUCACCCCCAGCCCCACCUGGAUUAUCGACCCCAUUGACGGCACCUGCAACUUUGUGCACAGAUUUCCAACCGUGGCCGUCAGCAUCGGAUUUGCUGUGAACCAAGAGCUUGAGUUUGGAGUGAUUUACCACUGCACAGAGGAGCGGCUGUACACGGGCCGGAGGGGCCAGGGCGCCUUCUGCAAUGGCCAGCGGCUGCAGGUCUCCGGGGAGACAGAUCUUUCCAAGGCCUUGGUUCUAACAGAAAUCGGUCCCAAGCGUGACCCCGCUACUCUGAAACUGUUCCUGAGCAACAUGGAGAGGCUACUCCACGCCAAGGCUCACGGGGUCCGAGUGAUCGGGAGCUCCACCCUGGCGCUCUGCCUCCUGGCCUCGGGGGCUGCGGACGCCUAUUACCAGUUUGGCCUGCACUGCUGGGACCUGGCCGCCGCCACCGUCAUCAUCAGAGAAGCAGGAGGCAUCGUGAUGGACACGUCAGGUGGACCUCUUGACCUCAUGUCCUGCAGAGUGGUUGCUGCGGGCACCCGAGAAAUGGCUACACUCAUAGCUCAGGCCUUACAAACAAUUAACUAUGGACGGGACGAUGAGAAGUGAUGAGAAGUGAAAGGGAGCAGAGACGAGAAAUGCGCCCCCGGGACUGGCUCUUCCUGGGAAUGCUGCAGCGGCAGCCGAUCCCUGGGGGGGACCGCCUUGAGCAGCCCGCACUCGCAUCAAGUUCCUGCGCUCCUAACCACCCAAAGAGAAGUGUUCUGCUAACGUGUGUGGCUCUCUGGUUAAAUCCACGUCUUUCACUGGGAUUUGGUGUUUAGCUGGUUUCUUUCUUUAAUCUCAUGUCACCUUUUUCAGGUUAGUACAGGUCCUUCUAUCAGGGCCAAAACCCAAAUCUCAUGAUAUACAUAUUGAUAAUUCAGUCUUGAUUCUCCCCCCACCCAACCCCCCGAAUGCAAAUCUCAGGUAAUAUGGCUUUAGAACUGCUGAUAAAGCGGACUUGUUCUCAGGCCCCCCACUUCAUGGUACUUCAGAAUGCAAUAAAUCCAAAUAAUGGCACUCUA